CAUCAACUUACUUCCAAUUAGCAGUAACAGGUACCUAUCUCCUAGGUAGUUGAUUACACGAUGGCUUCUCUUAGAAAAUUCCCAUUCUCAUUUGGGGUCGGCACCGAUAUAUGUCGGAUCCCAAGGAUUUAUAGUCUUUUAACCAAAAACCGGGGUGUAAACUUUGUUCGUCGUGUCCUGACCCAGGAGGAGAUAAACGCUGUUCGCGCAUCGUCUAAAGUCCUCGAACCCGUAUUUCACGAGUUUAAACCGUCCUCAAACGACUCGAAUGGUGAACGCGACCGGCAAUAUCAUCUUGCCAUACUGGAUGCGGCUAGAUUUAUGGCUGGAAGGUGGGCUGCAAAGGAAGCUGUUAUAAAAGCCUGUAAUAUUUAUAGGGUCACCUUCCACGACAUAACAAUUACCUACGAACACCAAUUAGCCAAAUCGUUAAGAAACAAAGGGUCUUCUAGUCAUCCUAUGGCAGAGCAGAGCCCUUCACCUUCGGACUCUCAAGAGAUAGAAAAACCAAGGCAAACUAGUCCGCCCGUGGCUGUUAUAAAAGGUCAUGGCACCGGGGAUAUGUACGGGCGGCUUAGUAUUAGCCACGAUGGAGAUUAUGCGGUUGCUACGUGUGUGACGUUCUGGGGAGAACCGGACGACGACGUAUCCGGGGUAGAUUAAGUCGAGUACCUAUUGUAUGUAUAAUAGGAUGAGAAAUUGCUUAUGGACUUUUCAUGGAUUUGUAAAAUGAUAAAUGUUGAAUAUGAAUAGCACCUUCCUACAGUGUAUUACAUAGUACAAAGGCAGCUUUAUUAG